CUGAAUGACCUAAAUGACCAAAAUGACUAAAAUUACGAAAAUGGUCAAAAUUACCAAAAUGACCAGAACACCCAAAAUGACUGAAAUGACCAAAAUAAAUAAAACGACAAAUAUGACCUAAAUGACCAAAAUGAUCUAAAUGACCAAAAUGACCAAAGUAACCAAAAUGACAAAAAUGACCAAAAUGUCCAAAAUGACCACCGAAAUGACCAAAAUGCCCAAAGUGACAAAAAUGAUCAAAAUAACCAAAAUGACAAAAAUGGCCAAAAUGACCAAAAUGACAAAAUGGCCGAAAAAGCUGAAAUGACCAAAAUUACCAAAAUGAUCAAAAUUACAAAAAUGAUCAAAAUGAUUAAAAUUACUAAAAUGACCAAAAUUAUCAAAAUGACAUAAAAGACUGAAAUGAUCAAAAUUACAAAAAUUACCAAAAUGAUCAAAAUGAUCAAAAUGACUAAAAUGACCAUAAUUAUCAAAAUGACCAAAAUGACUGAAAUGAUCAAAAUUACCAAUAAAAAAAUGAUAAAAAUGAUAAAAAAAAUGAUAAAAUGAUCAAAAUAACCAAAAUGACAAAAAUGACCAAAAUGGCCAAAAUGUCCAAAAAGACUAAAACGACAAAUAUGACCAAAAUUAUCAAAGGACUAAAACGACAAAUAUGACAAAAAUGUCCAAAGUGACCGAAAUGACAAAAAUGACCAAAAUGGCCAAAAUGAUCAAAAUGACCAAAAUUACUAAAAUGACUAAAAUGACAAAUAUGACAAAAAUGUCCAAAGUGACCAAAAUGACUAAAACGACGAAAAUGACCAAAAUGACCAAAAUGACUAAAAUGACUAAAAUGACCAAAAUGACCAACAUGGCCAAAAUGACCAAAAUGGCCAAAAUGACCAAAAUAAUCAAAAUGACAAAAAUGGCCAAAAUGUACAAAAAAAAACGACAAAUAUGACUAAAAAAACCAAAAUGGCCAAAAUGACCAAAAUGACCAAAAAGACCAAAAUGACAGAAAUGGCAAAAAUGACCGAAAUAACCAAAAUGACCAAAAUGUUCAAAAAGACUAAAACGACAAAUAUGACCAAAAUGACUAAAACGACAAAUUUCCAAAAAGACUAAAACGACAAAUAUGACCAUAAUGAUCAAAAUGACAAAAAUUACUAAAAUGACCAAAAUGACUAAAAUGACUAAUAUGACAAAUAUGACUAAAAUGACCGAAAUGCUCAUAGUGGUCAUUGUGACCAAAAUGACCAAAAUGACAAAAAUUACCAAAAUGGCCAAAAUGAUCAAAAUGACCAAAAUGACCAAAAUUACUAAAAUUACUAAAAUGACAAAUAUGGCUUAAAUGACCAAAAUGCUCAUAGUGGUCAUUGUGACCAAAAUGAUCAAAAUAACCAAAAUGACAAAAAUGGCCUAAAUGUUCAAAAAGACUAAAACGACAAAUAUGUCAUAAAAAUGACCAAAGUGCCCAAAAUGACUAAAACGACAAAAUGACUAAAAUGACCAAAAUGACAAAAAUAAAUAGAUCGACAAAUAUGACAAAAAUUACCAAAAUGACUGAAACGACAAAAAUGACCAAAAUGACCAAAAUUACCAAAAUGACCUAAAUGCCCAAAAUGACUUAGAUGACUAAAACGACAAAAAUGUCUCAAAUGACCAAAAUGAUCAAUGUGGUAAUUGUGACCAAAUUGACCAAAUUUCCAAAAUGACUAGAAUUAUAGACAUUUAAAAAAUUACAUGACAUUGAUCUAAAUGAUUGGAAACAAGUUUGUUUACAAACGGCUCUUGAAAAUUAUCCUGAAAAUUGUUCCUUUUCAUUUAGUGUUAAAAUUCAUAUCAGUUUCCUCCUGAAAACACUCAUCAAAACUAGUAGCUAAAUGCAUUGUUCUUGUUAAUAAAAUUAAUUCUUGUUAGUGUACUCACCAGACUUACGUGAUUACAAAUCUUCCAUCAUCAGUACCCUAACCUUGGUUCCGGCUAAUAAUUACUUUGUUACUAACUGUUCGUUCGUUACUAAUUUAACAUAAUUCAAAAUAUUGUGACCAAAUAACUUAACAAAAUGUAUUUUUCUCCUCUCUUCCCUUGUCCCUCAACAAUCCCACUCCUCAAUUCAAAAUAUGACAACAAAUUUCUGGUGGUUGGCAACAACAAAUGAAAACAAAUUGUAAUCUGGCAACACUUCCAAUCACUCCAUCACCAAUACAACUGCAAAUUACAAUCGGCAUCACACAACCACAUUCAACCACCUCGCGUUUGGACCGGUUUCAUGCGCUUUUCGCCUUCUCUUUCUCUCCACACUCCUCCUCCCUUUCCUCAUCCGAUGAUUAUACACAAAAACACACACUUACCAUUUUGUGCCCCUCGAUGUGUGCGUCCGUUUGCCCCUUUUCUUUGUGUGUGUUUGUGUGCGUGCCGUCCGCGUGCUUAACUACUAAAACAAACAAUACGCAAACCCACAUACACGUGCCCAUCGAUGACGAUGAUGAUGAUGAAACACAAAAAGGGUGACUUUAUGUUCGACAUCCGGCAGCAGGAGAAGAACCUGAUCAAGGCGGCCAAGGUGCUCGGGGAGAGCAAGUCGCAGCUGCACACGCGCGAAACCACCGCCAAGACGAAGGUCGCCGAAUGCGUCAACAUUAUGAACAACAUGCUGGAACUGCUGUUCCACAGUGUCGAGGACAUCGGUCCGAUCGACAACGACGUGCGGGAGAUCAUGCAGAUCUUGCUGCGAACCGUCAUCCAGAGCUCGAUCGCGAUGGACCGGGACAACCCGCUGGUGGGUAACCUGGUGGCGAUCAUGCUGGGAAUCUUCCGUAGCAUGAACGCCGGCCAUUACAGGGCGUACGUGCAGAGCUUCCUCACCAGUUACGAUCUGUUGGACUUUUUGACGGAGAUUCUGCUGGUGUUCAAGGAGCUGGUUUCGAAGCCGGUCUUCCCAGCGGAUUGGUUGGACAUGAUCAUGCACCAGAACACGGUGAUCCUGGAGAGUCUGAGGCACUUUGCCGGAAUCAUUAUGGAGUGGUUCUUCUCGCCGUUCGAGAAGCAAGUUUGGUCCAACUACUUCCAGUGCUCGAUCACGUUCCUGACGCAGCCGGCGCUGCAGCUGAAUCUGUUCAGUAAGACGAAGCAGUCGAUGAUCUUGAGCAGCUACCGGGACAUCCGACGGGAGACGGCGUUUGAGAUCCGGAAGAUGUGGUUCAACCUUGGAGAGCACAAGAUCAUGUUUGUGCCGCAGCUGGUUGGUCCGAUUCUGGAGAUGAGCAUGAUUCCGGAAGUAGAACUGCGCAAGGCAACAAUUCCGAUCUUCUUCGACAUGAUGCAGUGCGAGUACUACAGCUCAAAGUACGUAAUGGAGAGCUACGGAGACACCAAGAGGAACACAAGCCACAUCAAGGGGAACUUUAACGACUUUGAGAAGGAGAUCAUCGAGAAGCUCGAUCACUACAUCGAGGGUGGGUACGGUGAUUCCGAGUACAGGGAACUGUUCUACGACAUCAUGUACGAAUCGUGCAGUAACCACAGCACGUUGAGGGUACCCGGUAUUCAGUGCGUUGACGUCUUGACAAAGUUGAUGGACAAGCUGCUGGAGUACCGUUGUCUGAUCCACGACGAGAGUCGAGAGAACCGCAUGGCAUGCACGGUCAGCUUGCUGCAGUUCUACUCGGAGGUGAACCGCAAGGAGAUGUACAUCCGCUACGUGAACAAGCUGUGCGAUCUGCACAUGGACUUUGACAACUUUACGGAAGCGGCGUACACGCUGAAGUUGCACAGCAACGAACUGUACUGGGACGAUACGCCGCUGUCUCCACUACUCAAGUCUAGUCGACACCUGUCCUGCAGUACGCAUUGGGCACUCAAGGAGAAGCUCUACCGGGACAUAAUCGACCUGUUCGAUCGCGGUAAGAUGUGGGAAUCGGCGAUCGAUAUGUGCAAGGAGCUGUCACAGCAGUACGAGAACGAAAUCUACGACUAUCUGGGGUUGGCGGAACUCUACAAGAAGAUGUCACAGUUCUACGAGAAGAUUCUGAGGGAAAAGCGGUACGAGUCGAACUACUACCGAGUGGCGUUCUACGGAUACGGAUUUCCACAGUUCCUACGGAACCAGGAGUUCGUGUACCGAGGCAACGAAUACGAGGACGCUGGAUCGUUCAACACACGAAUCCUGAGUCAACAUCCGAGGGCGGAGCUGGUGCCGACGUUGAACCCGGGACCGGAAAUCCGACAGAGCGAUGGUCAGUACAUCCAGAUCGUUAAGGUGGAUCCCGUCAGCAGGGAUAUCCGGAUCGGCAAGGACAGAAAGAACAUCGCGGCGAACAUUGUCAAGUUCUACCAGUCAAACAUCGUGAGCGAGUUCCAGUUUUCACGGCCGAUCCGGGAUUCCUGCGGCUCUGGAGAUGACAUCGCGAACACCUCGUACGAGAGGACGAUGCUGAGGACGACGGACGCACUGCCGGGUAUUCUGCGAUGGUUUCCGGUCAAGUCUUCCGAGACUGUUAUGAUCUCUCCCAUCGAAAUGGCCAUCGAAACAGUGGAGGCCAAGAACCGAGCGAUCCGGGAGCUGGUGCUGGAGCACCAGACCGAUCCGAACAUUCCGAUCCAUUCGUUGAGUGCGGUCAUCAAUGGCGUGGUGGACGCCGCCGUCAACGGAGGCAUUCCGAUAUACGAGGAAGCAUUCCUGACGCCGGAAUAUCUGCUCAAGUGCCCGAAUGAUGACCACUUGGUAGCGCGGUUGAAGGACCUGAUCGCGUCCCAGAUCCCGCUGCUCGAGGUGGCCAUCCUGGUGCACAAAAUGAAGACCCCAGCUAGUCUGCUACCCUUCCACGACCGACUGGAGAAGUGCUUCGCAGGAAUCCAGUCCAGCGUGGAAGCCAAGUACGGUAAGCGUACGACCGACCUCAAGAUCGACCGUGACAACGAGGUCACCUUGAGAAGACAGAUCUCGGCACUGCCCCAAGUCAGUAUCGACUCCAGCCGGUUAUCGGAGACCAGCAUAGGAUCUUCAGAUAGCGGCAUCUCGAAGAGCCACAACAGUCGACCAACGACGACCAGCUCCGGCGGGUUCAAGUCGACGUUCACCAACUUUGCAACGAACUUCAACACUUCCAAUCUAACGAGUGACUUUUUCGAGUUUGACCGACUCAGUCUGUCCAGCGUCAAGCUCGGGACCAACUCCGGCAAGCUGAUCUCCAACAUCUCGACCAAGAUUGGCAGCAAAAUUCGACAAACAUCGCUUGGAAGCUCACCGAGUUCGAAGAACAAAAAAGACAAAACGCUGACGAAGCGGCGAUCGAGUCGAAAGAUGGACCGCGAGUCGUUGACGCUGCCGGUGUCGAACAGCCUGUUCUACACGUCCCCGAUCACGACGGCCAGCGAGGUUGGCAGUAUUAGCAGCUGCAGCGAUCGGGACAGUGCCAUUUCGCAGGGUAACGUGGCCGGCGGGUACACUCCGGCGGCCUGCUCGACCCCGACCGGAAGUCUGAGCGGAGCGAGCUCGCUGGCCGUGGUGGAGCUAACAGAGGAGCUCCACCCCAAACGACCCCUCCGCUCGGAGGUGGAAAAGGAGAAACGCCUCUCGCGGCCACCAAGCGUCGUGACGCCAACGCUGAGCGUCAAAACGCUGACCGGAGCGGACACCAACUCGAUCGGUUCCGCCGACGGCAGCAGCAACCGCAACUCGAUCAUCACGAACGACUCGACGACGUCGGAGGAGGACCUGGUGCCGCCGCCGCUACCGGUCAAGACGGCGACCUCGCGGGACAGCGACUACAGCAACCUGCCGCUGAACGACAGCGCUCUACACCGGAGGUUAACCGGUCCCGGAAGUCACUACGUGACGUUUAAGCCACUUCCGCCGGUUCCGACCAACAACAACAACAACAGCGUGGUGAUCAAUUCGGCCUAUGACGUGGUCGAAACGCGCAACAAUAGCGUGAUUGUGAUCGGGCCAGCCGGUUCGUACGAUGACCGGAAGCGGCCGCCGACGCCGCCGCCAAAACCAGCUAGGAAUUCCAAGGUAUGAACAAAAAGGGUGGGAAUCAAAGCAAGCGUGUGUGUGUCAGUACAAAACGGAAGGCAUCCCUCGGAGUCGAGGGGUACUUUGAGUGAUGAUUUUUUUUUCGAUAGAAAGGGUGGGAUUUGAAACGAGGUGAGUGUAGAAAGGUGGGAACGUGUGUUAGGUAGGAUUGCGAGUAGUUAGCAAAAUUUUCACUGUACUGACGCAAUAAGAGAGAGAGAGGAUUGUAAAUGUUUAUUCCAAAUUUCAAAGCGGUUUGCGUUCCGUAAUGAAUCUAUUGCAAUUGGGUUGAAAAUCAAAUCAAAAUCGCAGAGCCAUUUAUUUUGUUUUAUGUUUUCGUCUCGCGAGUGAGACUUUCCUGUGUAUUAUUAUAUUGUUUUAAGCAAAAGAAACAAUUUCUUCGAUUGAUGAAACUACCAAAGACAAGUUAUAGGGGCGUAUAGUGCAGACUAUAUAUUUCCAACGGACAGAGAGUUUAACAACGUAGGAUAAAAUAAAAUGUUUAGGCUAAUGUUUACUGUGAACAAUAACCCUGCAACAAGAGCUUGUGUCAAAUUUAGGAAAUACUACUUAGGUCCAGUUUUGGAGCGUUUAUUUAUAAAACAACUUUUUGCCCAUGAUAGACAUUUGUUGCACUCUUUUAUUCUAGAACAAAGAAAACUUUUUCCACAAGUAAACCAUUCACCGAUACAAUUAGGAAAAGCAGAUUUUCCUCGAUUCAUCAUUCGCGCAAUAUUAUUUUCUAUUGUUUAAGAAAGUAAGAACUGCACAAACUGUAACACCCAAAACAAAACGUAACUGUUAAUUAUACGUACUGGGCUCUUCCUGGCGCAGAUUUCAAGUUCAAA